CUCCGAUGCCUGCCCAUUGGCUCUCGGAGGCCUCUCUCUGGUGCCAAACAGGAUCCACCGCCUGUCACUGAUGCGCGCCACAUCCUCCUCCUUCUCCAAGCCUCUGUGAGGCUGCAGAGCAAACAGCCAUGUGCACCCAGCCUUUUUUGCUCUGCAUCUAACAGCUGCUCCUGCCUCUCUGGCGGCUCAUGCUUUUUGCAGGAGGCAGGGUGAGGCCUCUCUGGGGUUUGUUUGUUUGUUUUGGGGGGGAGGUAGGAGGCCAAAAGAGCAUCCCUAAGAUGAUCAGGCCUGUUUUCGGGGGGCUUUUUUGAAGAAGCAGGUUUCUAGGAAGGAUGCCAGCCUCACAAAGCCGGGCCCGGGCCCGAGACAGGAACAACAUCUUGAACAGAGCCGAAUUCCAGUCGCUCAACCAUCCCUUGAAAGGCACCCAAGAGUCCCGGCGGAGGCAGAACAGCCAGUCCGGCCCGUCCCCGUCCCCCAACGAAGGGGGUGCCAAGGAGCAGAGGGCCCCACAGCAGCCACUCCCCGAUGAAGACUGCAUGCAGCUGAACCCCUCCUUCAAAGGGAUCGCUUACAACUCCCUCCUGGCCAUCGACAUCUCCCUCUCCAAAAGGCUCGGGGUGUGUGCCAGCAACGCCUCGGCCUGGGGGAAUGCCCGCUCCAUGAUCAACCUCAUCGGCCUCACCGGGCACGGGAUCCCCUGGAUUGGGGGCACCCUGAUCUGCCUGGUGAAGAGCAGCACCUUAGCCGGCCAGGAGGUCCUCCUCAACCUUCUCCUGGCUCUGUUCUUGGACAUUGUCAUCAUUGCCGGCUUACAGAAGAUGGCCAAGCGGAAGGGCCCCUUUGACGUCAGCCCCGGCCUCUUGGAUUACUUCACCAUGGACGUCUAUGCUUUUCCCGCCGGCCACGCCAGCCGGGCUGCGAUGGUGUCUAAAUUCUUCCUCAGCCACCUGGUUUUAGCCGUCCCGCUCCGGAUCCUGCUCGUCCUCUGGGCUUUCUUGGUGGGACUUUCCCGCAUUAUGGUGGGCCGGCACCACGUCACCGACGUCCUCUCCGGUUUUGCGUUCGGCUACUUGCAGUUCAGGCUGGUGGAGCUUCUUUGGAUGUCUUCUAAUACAUGCCAAAUGUUGAUUUCCAUGUGGUGAAGGAAGACAACACACUGUGCUUCCCCCCCCUUCCCUUUUAUUCCCUCCCUCUUGCUCGCUUUUUUAAUGCACAGAAAAUGCAGAAGACAUUUUUUUAAAAAAAACGGGAAUGGCGCACAACUCCAGUGCAUAUCAGCUUCCAUCUUUAUUGAUGAAGAUUUGGUUGCCUCCAUGAAAGAUGACAUCUUCUGAAAACUGGCUGGCCCCCAUGCAGUCAAGACUCACUGCUGGAUCGAGGCCCUGUUUUCUUGACUACUUCCCACUGGAUCCCAAAUUCGUUUGGUUGCAGAGAGAGAACAAAAAUUACACUGCUCUUGUUACGUGUUUCUUGGUUUAGAUGGCACACCCUUGGCACUGCUGAAACAUACCGCCUUCGUGGUUUUAACGUGCAUUAAUUUGCUUUCAUGGGAAAUGGGGAAUUCAAUGAGAAUUAUCAAGUAAUUAGGUUGCCACCCAGAGCUCUACACCAUACCUUGGAAAUUACCCAGUGCAGUGCGAGUUGAGGCUUCGCUGGCAUCUCCUAUCUGCCUUGGCCUUCCUUCCUUGUCUGUCAAAAAAACACCCAUAAACAGGCAGGAUUUAAGGUCGAGACAAUAGGGUGUAAUGGUUAAAGCAAAUUUCCCCAAUCGUGCAUUCUCGAUAUGGGCUCAGCUGCCCUUAUCCCCCAAUGGGGACGGUGCAGGAUGUAGUCCAUCUCUUCUAGAGAGUAUCUAAGAGGGAAAGUCUUGGUCACAGUGCCAGGCUAGGAUUAGAGGGACCUGAGUUCAAAUCCCCCACCCCGUCACAAAGCUCACCAGGUGAUCCCGGGGCUAGAACCUUUGUCCCUUCGAAUGACCUGCCUUGCAAAAUGGAAAACCGCCUGUGCCUGUCUGGAGCCCCACAGAGAAGAUGGAACGAGCCCAUCAACCGACAUUCUGGCCUUGCAAAACAGCCAGGUCUCCCCUCACGUCCCGCUGCAAAGCCUCAUCGUGAUCUCAGGAGUAUCUCUUGGGGGACCUGCCGUGAGGGUGCGGGGAUUUUUGUGUGUGUGUGUGUGUUUUGGGGGUGGAAACACAGUUCCUACUGCAAGCCAGGCACCGAUCGAGACUUUAACAAACAAUAAAGGAUUCAUCCCGUU